AGCAUAAUCUGCGCGGAUACGUUUCUUUCUGGAGAAGUGAAGAGGGCGUCCUACUGAACGGAGGGCGAGGUUGACCUGAACAACAGAUAAACGACAGUAGGAAAGAAUAAUAUUGAGAAAGAAAUGCUCAAUAUGGAGUCAGGAGCAACGGGACCGUGUCCAACCGACAUGGGAGAGAAUGAUCCAGAAGAAGUGCUGAAACUUAUCCUGAUUGGAAACACGGGGUCUGGGAAGAGCGCCUCAGGGAACACCAUCCUUGGCCAGGCUGGCCAGCGUCCCUUCGAGUCCAUUUGUGGCCCAGCCUCCGUGACCCAAGUCUGCCAGCUGGAGACCUCUGGAUACCAUGCUGAAGAGGAGGCGAAGAGCAGUUCAAGCAGGAGGAGGAAGAGGAAGAAGGUGGCGGUGGUGGACAUGCCAGGUUUUGGACACACACAACUGACCCAGGAACAGAUCAUCAAGGAGAUCAGCAAAAGCAUGGCCCUGACGGCCCCCGGCCCACACGCCUUCCUCCUGGUGGUCACGCUACAACGCUACACAGAGGAGGUGAAAAGGGCCAUGGAUAUGAUAGCUGAGGUAUUUGGUGAAGCGGCGCUCCGCGACUACACAGUGGUGCUGUUCGCCAGGGGAGAUGCCCUGGAGGAGCUGAUAGAGGAGUACCUGUCCAGCUCUGCUGACUUCAGGGGUUUGAUUCACAGGUGUGGAGGCAGGUUCCACGUAUUCAACAACAGGGAUCAAGGUGAUAGGCAGCAAGUUCUCGAGCUGCUGAAAAAGGUGGAGAAGGUUGUGGAUUUCAACGGUGGAGGGCGUUAUACCAACGCCAUGUACGAGGAGGAAAAGUUAAGGAAGGAGGAACAGGCUAGGAAGGAGAAGAAACCUGCUGGAAGUUGGUGGAAAAUAUGGUCAUGGUUUUCUUAAUCGCAGCCUUUGCAAUUUGCAUAUUGCGUUAUAUUACGUCGCAAUUUCAAUUAAUCGAUGAAUCGUUCACCCCUACUUUAAAGUAUCUAAUAUGGCCAUUGGGGCCGGAGGGUUUACGAUCCAGAUUUUUCAAAUGCUUCCCCUAUACCACGACCGCUUCACCUUUACGAUUCAUCGAUUCAAUUAAUCGAUGAAUCGUUCACCCCUACUUUAAAGUAUCUAAUAUGGCCAUUGGGGCCGGAGGGUUUACGAUCCAGAUUUUUCAAAUGCUUCCCCUAUACCACGACCGCUUCACCUUUACCUUUGCCUGUUGUUUUAUGUAUCAGGGUCAUUUGGACCGUGAUAUAUUUUUUGUAUUUUUGAAUAUCGGGGCACUCAGUCUGGUUGAAAAGCGGGGGCAGAACUGCAAAAGGCUCUCGUGCCCUCCUGUAAGGGAAGCAGACAGACGACUAGGUGAAAAGGAGUACAGGGGGCAGUGGAGGAGCGGCUUGACAUCUUGUCUCUCCCCUGUUGCUUAACUUAUCUUUACGUUCCUAGUUUUCACUUCACUUGGAGAUGUGCCUGAUCAUUGGCUUGAGUUAAUAUUCAUAGUUAACAUGGUUCAGAAAAUAAAGUUAAUUGGAUACAUUUUAGACUUAACAUCAGAUGGGUUCUUGGUUUUACAGUUGAUUCAAUCCUGCAUAAAACUGGCUUCAUAUAUGUUUUUAUUGUCAUGAUUUAUUCACUGGAAAAUAAUCAAUUAAGGAUGUAUUGACUUCACAGUCGCAUAUAUAACUUGCAUAUUGUAAAUCAAUAAACAUAUAAU